CAUCCUUUUAUCUUCUUUGAAGUUCACCGGCGAUGCCGAUCUGUCGCAGUCACGGUAAUUAAGGUAAUUAAUAGCGCGCGAGUCCAGACGCGCGUCUUAUGGCGGAGACGCUUCGCUGUGUGUCAUUUUGACAGGAUCUUCCCAAGGGCUGCCGAGGAGAUGGUGUCCCUUCUGCGCUCCAUCCAGGACCACGCGGAUGAUGCGAACUGGUGCGGCUUCGCCUCCGCCUACCUGGCGACGUGCUCCGUGGAUAAAAGCCUCCGCAUCUAUUCCUCCACCGGCCGGGGGUACGGGGUGAACUGGUGCUGCUUCUCCUCCUGCGGCCGGUACCUGGCCUCCUGUUCCACCGACGCCACCACGGUGGUCUGGAGCAUGAGCAGCGGCGGGAAAGUGGCCGUCUUUGAGCAGCUGGGCUCGCCUGGAUCCGCCCGCCUUGUCUCCGGGGCGUCUGACGGAAGCAUCGCUUUGUGGGACCUCCAGAGGAGAAGGCUGCGCAGGGUGACUCUUGUCAUGUAUGUCACCACCUAUGGGGACAUGCAAGUGUGGGACCUGGAAGCCAACCAGCUCCAUGCUGCCAAGGAAGCCCAUGACCUAGGAGUGACUCGCUGCCAUUUCGCACCCCAGAUCCACAGCGAUGACCAUUCUGUGCGGUUUCGAUUGGGCUCCUGCGGGCAGGACAGCCUGCUGACGAUAUGGACCUCCCAGCAUGCCGCAGAUUCAUCUCAGGAGUUGCCAGAGACUGCUGUGCAGGUCUGCUUUGUUUUUUCAUGUUCCACGUUUCCGGUCUACAUGCCGCUAGGUGUUUCUCGACCAACCUGUUCGAUGUCUGAAUUGGUGAAGUUGAAUGUGUCUCGACCCAUAAAAGUUUUAGCCGGAACAGUGGAGUUCCAGGAUUUAGGUCGAGGAAGGUGUGCAGUGGGUCGCUCCAGCCUGCCGGCGAGUAGCUGGUCUGAGGAAGACGUGCUGGCUUGGCUGUGUGAGGAAGGCCUGGCAGCACAGGAGAGCUCCUUCAGAGCCAACGACAUUGACGGAGCCGAGCUACUCUGCCCGAACAAGGAGACGCUGACCUCUGACUUCCGCAUCGAGUCCGCUGGCCUGCGCAAUAAAGUCCUUUGGAAGAUUGAGGAGAUGAAAACUACCUCUGAUGACUCCCACGUCCCUGCCGAAUGUCUGUGCCCCGUCACUAGGGAGGUGCUGAGCGACCCUGUCAUUGCGGUUGGUCGGUGUGAAUUCGGCCCCCGGCCACUCUCCCGCUACGGCUAUUCGUACGAGAGGGAAGCCAUCGAAAGCUGGAUUCUAAACCACAAUCGCUCAAGCCCCAUGAGGACCCCACCGCUGCUGACGAUGGCCCUGACUCUCAACCACACCUUGAAGAUGGCCGUCAGCCGCUGGAAAGCUGCCCAAUGAAACGGAGACACUCUGCUUCUGGAGCUCGAUGUGGCGUUAUAUUUAUGCAAGAGUUCUUUUUUAAAUAUUAGAACUUUAUUGUAUUUGUAUUUGUAUAGUAUAGUAUUUGGUUAUUUGUAAAAUAUAGGUAAAUAUUACAUGCUAAAUAUAGGUGCUGUAGUAUUAAACCUAUGAGCCGUUUCCCAGUAUAUAAUGAAGUAAGAUCAAUAGUUUGCCACUAGAUGGCAGUGCGUGCCGCGUAAUGAGGCAUCAUCGUGAGCGCAGCUGUUUUGCGUUGAAGGUCACGAUUUGCUUCCGUAUACGUCUCGUCGCUUUUACUAGGUGCAUUUAUUAGUCCGUCUGCCUUGCUGUUGAUUAAAUUCGAACAGCCCCCGAAUUACAAGGUUUACCAAAAAAAAAAAGUGUUUUCGAGGGGCUGCAUUAGAACAGCAGGGACUUUGCAGUAUAAUUUUAACUGUCAAAAUGGUUGUAUUACGGAUCUAACAUUAAUGUGCCGUGACAGUGGGGGUGUGUUAUCCACCUGUUACAAAGCGACUGAAUGUUUCACACGUGAGGAGAGCAUCUGGCAAUAGUCUAUAAAACUGACAUUUAUUUUUCUGUAACUCGUCAUGUUUUUAUUUAUUAAUUUUUUUUUUGUUUCCCCUCUGGACGAAUCACCAUAAUUCACCGUAAAUCUCAGUAGAAUAAAUGCCACUCAAAGAGAUUCACUACAGCCCAGAGAAUGACGCCGGCUGUCUGGCUGUGAAAUCCACGAGUAGAACACCAGCAGCCCCCCCCCCAUUCAGCUAUCGGUGAGUCAGUUUGGGUGAGGGGCAAAAGGGAGGUUUUGUAGUCCAUCAUCUAACACUCACAAAAAACUACAAUUCCCAAGGCCAGUCUCAGCAGUAGGACUUUAAUUUCUCCAUUGUUAGAAUGGCAGCAUGUGUGUGUGUAUAUAUAGUUUUUCCAUUUGACAGUUUGUGAGAACAGAAAAUACAGCUUCACAAUACUGAACACAUCAAGAGUAUAGCAGAGCUGCUGCAGCUGGCCCCAAACCUUAUUUUAUUCAUUCAUAUAUAAUUCUUUUAUUACAAACUGUACCCCUGCAAUAUGCACUGUCCUCAUCGACGCUCUUUUCUGAUAAUGUCUCCACAGUGCAAAAAUAAAACUAUAGAGUAUAAGUAUUGCUUUUACAAUCGACCAAGCUGUUAAAUAAAUAAACGUAGGUGGCGAUAAGCGGGAAAGAUUCCGGUAAACCUUGUGUCAGUUUUAAUACAGACUCUUGACCUCUGAAUGCGGAAAUAAAAAGCAGCUUAGGUAUAUAUACAUGUAUAUCAAGUUAGUCAGCGGCAGCGGUGACCUUCAUGUAAACAAAGGUCAUAUGUACAUAAGAAAGUUCUAGUGUGUCAUUUCCCCAGCCUAGGGACCAAACUGUGCCCUCCCCAGCACCUCUCCCUAGUUAGGGGUGGCUUUAUGCAGACGACACGGGGUGGGGCCUGUGUUAUUGCGGCGAGAACGACCGGCGUGAGUGGCUGAAAGGUCAGCGUUGAGCGGUUAGCAGCACUGUCUCCGCAUGGCCUGCAGGGGGCCCCGUAGAGCAGCACCUCAAUGCCUUUGACAGUGGCAGAUGGUGAAACAGUGUACACUUGGCAUCUUCUCUCAGGAAAAACGGGAG